AUGGCGGCCAAGGGGCCCCGGCAGCGGCCUCGAGGGGGAGGUGGGGAUGCGGCAGCGGCGGCUGCCGUUUCCCGCCAGCGAGAAGAAGCGCCCCCGCCGGCCACUGAGGAGACCAAAGCCGAGUAGGUGGCAGAUAAUGUGGUGGGGUGAGCGAGGAGGAUAUGGGGGGGGGGGGAGCUGCCAUUAGGGGGUGACUUGGAGGGACGGAGACACUUUAUAGGGGGGAGGGUUGCCUGAGGUAAAUGGGGUCCCCUCGAGGAAUUUGAGGUAGGGUCAGAUAGGGAAGUCUCCUUUCGCGGUGGACUCGUGGGGGUGGCUCCUGUGGCGCCUGAAUUAUUAGGGCCUUCCUGACUUUAAUUUUUAUUUUAUGGGGGGCAUUGGGCUGAGGGAAGCUUCCUUAAGAGUCGGGCUCAAAGGGUCAUGAACUGUGGGGGCUUUGGAAGUGGAAUUUAUGGAAUUCUCUUUUUGUUUUGGUUGUUGGAUGAUUGUAAAUUUCAAAAUUUGGAAAAAUUAAAUGAAUUUGAAAAUUUGAAGAAGAAAAAAGGAAGUGGAGCAGGGGUGGGAGACACUUGACUGGUUUUAGGCUUUGUAAAAUGCUGUGUUGCAUCAUGGAUAUAAGCCAUGAUGAGAUACAGAUUGUUGCUUGGAAGUGGAAGGACUCCCACGAAAAAAAUGCACCUCUCAGAAUCGUGUAACGCCCUCCAUUGAAUCUCUGUCCAGCACUGUCAUAUUGCACACACAUAAACAAACACAUCCCUCAAUCGUGUAGGAGACAUGAAGCAGACUUGAGGACAUUGUCCAGAGGAUAGAGUCUCCCUAUUAUUUGUAACUCCCUCACCCUAUUCAGCUGCCUCCCCGCACUGCAAAAACAAAACAAAACCACACAUGUCCCGUAACAGCAUCAUAUAAAUAGUAUUCACACACACACACACACACACACACACACACACAGGAAGAGCUUUGUGGGACUCUCCCCGAUUCUAUGGAGACAGCAUCAAGACCAGUAGGAUGUGUUGCUGUUCUCCCCACAUAUAAAUAGGAUGUUUCAUGGGGGAUUAUGAAGCAGAGAGACACACUUCUUUCUUUCUCAUGCCACAGGCUCCCAUUUGGGUGUGUGUAGCUUUGCAUUCUUGUGCAUAGUUUCUUGAACUGAAGGCAGGAUACUGCCUCAAAGCAAGAAACUAAUGCAGUUCUUGUUCCUGCCAGCAGCCAUGCAAGAAGGUAUUUAGAAAAGAACCUUUAGCAACCCGCGGGGUAGACAUGGCAUCCUUCUUGAUUAUAGGCCAACCAAAGUUUGGGCCGAUCAGUAUAUUGUCAGAAGAAGACUCUGCACUCACUGAUCAAUGUGCAAAUCAGUGAGAAUUUAUCUGCAGUUGUCUCCACAGUGAGAAUUUUUAGAUGUGUGCAGUAUUUCUGGGUGUUUAAAAAUGCUUCAUUUUAAAAUCUGGAAUCAUUCCCUGAGCACCCUUCCCUUUUCUCAGCUUCAAUCACCUUGCCACUUCCGUCUAAUCCCCUCACCUUAUCAUCCACUCAUGGGGCUAACACCUGUCUUUUUUUGGCUCUCCCCUAGGUCGUCUGGGAGCAAAGCAGGACAUGUCUGGGCCCCUGAAGGAUCUACAGCUUUCAAGUGUCUAAUCUCAGCCAGGUUCUGUGCCGCACUGUUGAGUAACAUCUCCGACUGCGAUGAGACAUUUAACUACUGGGAACCUGUGAGUCUCGUUUGUGUCUGUGAAGUGCCUUGUUGGGGUGUGAAGGGGGUACAUGUUCAACCCAAAUCCUUAUUCACUCCUGAAUUGAGUAGUAGUGGUAUCCAGGGUAUACCCUUUGGUUUGUUGUGAUGCAGGAUCACGAUCCUGCAGGUUCAUGUUUCCUAAGGGUGACACUGCAGAUCUUUUGCUCUUCCUCUUAAUCUUUUGCCUAUAACUGGCUUAGCUUUUAGCAUUGUCUGUGUGUACGCAUCUUACUAAAGCGAGAAUUAGAACACCUUCUCACUUGAUUUUGUAACACGUCCUACAGAUGCACUACCUCGUUUAUGGUAAAGGCUUCCAGACAUGGGAAUACUCUCCUGUCUAUGCCAUCCGCUCCUACGCAUACCUGUGGCUCCAUGCCUUACCAGCUUUGUUCCACGCCAGAGUUCUGCAAACAAACAAGGUAAUGUGCAUACUUCAGGAGUCAGGAAUCCCAGGCCCAGGGCCAAAUGCAGCCCUCUCUGUCUGGCCCUUGCUAUCACCCAAGGCCACACACCCUCACCAGCCCUAUGUCAUACCCUCUUUGAAUGUUUUUGCCUGCCUGGAAUGUGUCACUGAACUUAACUAAUGCCUCUUGAUUGUGUGGAAACUAGCUUAGAAUACAAAGACAUUGCUAUGUCCGCCUCUGCCAUCACCUACCACUAGUAUGUGAUGCCUAGAAAGUUGCUCAGAUGGUUGGGUAGCCCUCAGUCUGAAAGAUAUUCCCCUCCCCCCAUGACAUACCUUGACUUCAUCUAUGUGCUGGGUGCUCUAUCCAUGGCUCACCCAAGCUUCCCCUCUCCCCAACCUCCUUCCCUCCCUUCUGUUAACAUGGACUCCUGUAUCCUUGGUGCAGUGUGGGACACCCAGUUUGCACAUUGUAAAGGGUCUGCCCACAGUUUACUAGAGUCGAAAACAGCCUAACAUUCUGUUUGUUAAUCAAAUAUCCCUUUCAUUUUUAGUCUGGGCAAGUCCAUAUUGGUGAAAGCUCUGGCUUUAUGAGUCCUUACUCAUAAGGACAGAGGUAUGUGGGUUUGACUCUGUCUGCAAGCAUUGUAAUUGUAACUGUUCAUCCUAGGUUCUCAUCUUCUACUUCUUGCGCUGUCUUCUGGCCUUCCUGAGUUGUGUUUGCGAGCUUUACUUUUAUAAGUGAGUACAGAAAGUGCUUCCUCUAUUACCAUUGUGAAUACUAUGACCAUUGACACAGCUGUUACUGAAUGGGAAUUUGUCAGUUCAUCAAAUAAGAAAUGUCCCUUGAUAAACUACUGGGCAAGUACAUUUCUAGAGAUCUUGGGCAUGUUUUCUAUGUGCAUAUCUUACAUUGUAAGCCACCUUAAGGAUCUGAUUCAGUUAGAAAUCUUAAGAGCUGGAGCAAUUUUGUAGGUUGGCCUAGGAUAUAAAUCAUUAUUAAACUGUCAGAUGAGACAGUCUUACCAUUGAGCUGCCAUUCAGCAUUGCUAUCUGUACAAACCUGCUGCUUCUCAUCACACCAGUCUCAACUGGCAUGUAGUUGGGAGACUCCAGCAAAAAGGCAGAAGGGGGCAGAGGUGGUAGGGGUUGAAUGGAGAAGUUCAGAAGACUUAUUGAGAAGGAAAUAUAAAGCCUGGUACUAUGUAUGCUGGUAGCUGGAUUCAUAGUACAGAACUGGCCAGAGGUCAUGUUACUACCUUAGAGGUGCCCAUAAGCCGUUAACAUCUAAAGCUGUGUUGUAUUCAUCAUUUAUUUAUUGUAAGAUAUUUAUAUACUACUUUUCUGGCACCAAGUGGUUAACAUAAAAAUGUUAAAACAGUAUGCAUGAAUUAAAACUACAUAAUUAAACAGCCAAGACAAGCUACAAAAGGUGGGGAAGCUUUUGGCAAAAUAUAUUUUCUUUCAGGGCAAGAUGGCUGCUUUAGUUGAGGGAGACACUACCUCGUCUGGAGCUAGUCUUUGGCCUGUUUAGCCCACUCCUGGGUCUUUCCCAGCCCAGACUCCUAAGCCCCCCUUUUAGCUGCAUAAAACACACCUCUGCUUUGUCACUAAGUUACGUGAUAGGUCUGAAAACAUAGCUGCCUUAUUCUGAGCCAUGCCUUUGGUCCAUAUUGUUGUCUGCUGUGCUCGCAAGUUCUUGGCUUUUGCAGGUCUUGGGACUUUUUGUGCACUGGAACUGCACUUAUUUUACCUUCUACUUCCCCAGGGCCGUGUGCAAGAAAUUUGGGUUGCAUGUGAGUCGUCUCAUGCUGGCUUUCUUGGUACUCAGCACUGGGAUGUUCUGCUCAGCGGCUGGUGAGUUAAGAAGUGAAUUGCUUGAGGGUUAGGAACCGAUUUCAUAUUGACUUUUGAUGGGAAAGGAUAUUCUCCUGCAGAAUUUGCAUUUUUGGGUAGAGAUGGGUAAGAGGUUGCAUGAGAGGUGGAAAUUAUAUGGUCUGUAUAGGCAAAUCUUUCCUCCUCUCUCUUUCCAGCUCCCUGUAUGCCGUUUGAAUGAUUCACCUAAUAUUCAGAUAUACCAGAGCUUUCAAAAGUGUGUGUCGCAACACAUUAGUGUGUCGGCUAUAGCGUGUAGGUGUGUUGUGUGAACACUUCCUGCACUCCUCCCAGGCCUGGAUAGUGGUUAGUUUAAUCUCUGGUUUUCUAGUAAAACUGAAUUACUGUGUUGCGAAAUGAUGCAUGUCUAAAAAGUGUGUCACCAACAUGAAAAGAUUCAGGUAGGUAGCCGUGUCGGUCUGACGCAGUUGAAGUAAAAAAUAAAAAAUAAAUAAAAGAUCGUCCAGUAGCGCCUUAUAGACCAAGCUUUCGUGUGCAUGCACUCUUCUUCAGAUACACAGACACACACUUUAGACUUCAGACACACUUCUGAAGAAGUGUGUGUGUACACGAAAGCUUAGUUGGUCUUAUAAGGUGCUACUGGACAAUCUUUUAUUUAUUUAUUUAUUUUCCCAACAUUAAAAGUUUGGAAAGCUCUGGCAUAUACUUUUCAAUCUUUUCUUCAUAUCAAUGGGGGCUAGAAACUUGUAACAAAAAUAAAUACUGAGAUGCUCAGGAUUCUGAAAAGGACAUUGGAUUUUGUACUAGGUAGUCAGUGCAGACUUUUGUUCAUCCAGAUUCUGUGGAAUUAGCAAUGCAUAAGGACUGUUUCUGGUUUUAAGAUCAGUAGAAUCAGAACAUGAAAGGCAUUCACUUUGCUUACUGCAAGAGUCCUCACUAUUUGUUGGAGAACUUAGCCUGGAUCCUCAGGUGUAACUGGAGUAAGGGACUUGCCUUGCUCCCUGAGCCCCCUGCAUCUUGGCGUAAAAAGAGACCAUCUGUUGCAGAACAUUUCCAGAGGUGAAGAAUGAGACUCCAGUUAGCAAGAGGUUGCUUAAGAAUCACCUUUUCCAGCAGAAGGAUUCUAAGCAUUAUGUUGGUUCAUAUGUAACCUCAAGCACCCCCACCCUUCCAACUGCCUUACAUUGUGUACAGUCCCUAAUCCAUCUAGCCUAGUACUGUCUACUCUGACUUCUGCAUUCAAAGCAGAUGCUCUCCCAUUGAGCUACAGCUCCUUUCCUAUGUCACAUGUUCUCAGGUUUGUGCUGAGAAAAUCUGCUGCUGACAAGGAGUCCUGAAAUGACGCCAAGUCAUCUGUGGGGCUCUGAAUGCUUUCUGCUUUCUCCCAGACCCUGAUUCCUUUUUGCUUCUUUUGCUUUUCAGCCUUCCUCCCCAGCAGCUUCUGCAUGUACAGCACAGUAAUAGCAAUGACGGGGUGGUACAUGGAUAAAAUCUCUCUGGCGGUCCUGGGCGUGGCUGCAGGAGCCAUUGUGGGCUGGCCUUUCAGUGCAGCACUUGGGUAAGCAAAAGGGAGUGGGGAACGUGAAAGCAUUUAGGGACAGGUAGCUCUAGGUGGGCCCUAGCCAGCUGCAAGGGCAACAAUGUCUCUCCAAGACUGAUCAGUUUCAUUAUUGUCCUCAGGUUAUUAUAGCUCUGUGCGCAGGGCUGCAAUAUUUGACUUGCUUGGGAUUGUAGCUGCGCAAUUGUUGUUCCUUGAAGAAGUGUAAAUGUUGUGUUUUGGAACCUGGUUGUUUUGCAUUCCAUUCAGGUGCUGUGACACUCAACUAUUGAAAACUUUUUAAUUAAUUUCCUAGGCCUCAUGGUGGCUAGAGGAAAGUUUAAGAAAUAUGUGGGAGGUACCAUCAAAAUUAACGAGAGCUUCCAUUCCUUAAGAGUACAACUGGAAGCAUUUGGCUAUUAUUGCAACUGGAAUUGUUCAAGUUAAGAAAUUAUAUCACCAUGUAAUUUGUAAAAUUCUGAGCAGAGAACUUUGCAUACUGCCAUAACAAGUGAUACCUUAAGACACUGCUUUGUAGGCACUAAGUAGGCUUCUGUAGCAGUAGUGCUUCCCUAGAAAAGAGAGAGGAUGGAUAACAGGUAGCUCUUAUCCUGCUAUGUUCACCAUGAAAAGGGGAUUCCCUGUUACUCCAAAAGGAUUGCUCUAACUUACCUCUAUCCGCUCUUUGAACCCCUCCCUUUUUUGUCCUGUAUUUCCAAAGUUAUCCAGCCAAAUCGUUCCAAACUAUGCUUUUUCUAUCUCUGUUCCUUUUGCUGCUCUGUCUUCCAGUUCUAUUUAUCUAUUCCCAUGAUUCAUAAAUGUCACUCCCUACUCCCUCUGCUGUUCUUGGGGGGGGGAAUGAAUUCCUUUGCAUCCUUGAUUAAUUUAGAAACAGGAUUAUAUUCAAAGGUAGGUGGGUGGGGCUCCACAUGGUUGGUUUGGGGGGGCUUGGAGGGGGGGAGGGCUAGAGUGAGUGUGCAAGGGUCAACUGAUAAAUGUUUUAAAACAUCCAAGUUGAGAUGUGAAUAUUUUUGGCAUCUCCUUUUGCCAGGCUUCCUAUUGCCCUGGACUUCCUCAUCCUGAAAAGAAGGUGGAGAAGCUUCCUGAGGUGGUUUCUGGUCGCACUAGUGGUGUUUCUGGUGAGUUUUCCAAGUUAUUUGUGGAGAAAUAGCUCAGAGGGGAGUGUUGUAUAAUGGGAACUGAGUGUCAUGUUCUUCCAAAGGGGUUACUGAAGAGGAGGGGUCUCCACAGUUCUUGCACUUCUGACUCCCCACUCUUCCUUCCAAAGGAGUAUUCUGCUCAGUGAAGUCAUGUGGGCAUAUCCCAUUGUGUUCUGCAUGGCUUUCUGGACAGGAAGGUAUUUUCUCUAUGGCUAAAAGAGGCACCCUGGGAAGGGGCAGUAAUGUUCAUGUCUCCUCCCAUAUUGUGGCAUCUUCACAAUGUAUGUUUCCCACAAGUCUCCCUUGACAGCAGUAGAUAAUGCUGUUGGCUGUGGGAGGGCAACAUACACUGCAAUGCCCUUACAUCAGAUGUUAUCAACCUGUGGGUCCCCAGAUAUUGUUGGACUACAACUCCCAUCAUCCCUGAGCUCUGGCCUUGCUAGCUAGGGUUGAUGGGAGUUGUAGUCCAAUAACAUCUGGGGACCCACAGGUUGAGAAAGGCUGCCUUACAUUAUGGUAGAAGUGAUAACUACGACGGGUUUUUUUUUGGGGGGGGGGGUGUAUAUGCGCACACACACCUGAUGGGAGGAUCCUAUGUUCAGUGUCAGCCUUGCAUCUGCAUCAGCCUGUAGUUCUUGUGCCCUAAAUUCUGGUCAGCACCGCUGUUUUGCUUGGUUUCCGAAUGUGGGAAAUGCAAGUGCUGUCCUGGAAUUGAGAUAAUCUAGAAACAGCUGUGUUCUUCUUGUUGAAUGAAGGUGCCCCUGGUGGCUGUUGACAGUUAUCACUAUGGGAAGCUUGUGAUUACUCCUCUCAACAUUGUCUUGUACAACGUCUUCACGCCACACGGACCAGAUCUUUAUGGUGAGUCCACACCUGGACAUAUGUAAAUGUUUUGGGGCGCUGGGUAGGGACUGCAAAAGCUAAGAUGUGAUAAUGGUGCACAGUUUUGUGGGUUGUUCCCAGAGCUGGCCCUGUUUGCAGAGCUUCCUCUAGCAGCCAUACCGUGAAACACUUGGGUUUUGCAAGCCCCAGCAGCCUCUCCGAAGGAAUCCGGGAGCAAACCUCUUAGAUUCAACUCAAGUCCUUAAAAUCGCAGCUACUUCAAGCAGACUGCAUGAGUCGCUGAUACAGUCUUGCAGCCUCUGAGGGAUCAAGGGACACCUGAACUUGCUCUUAGUUUGGCACUUCUUAACUUAAUCUGAAGCAUAAGAAGAGAUGCUUUACCUUGGUAAAGAGAUGCACCACCUGCAGACUUGAAAUGGGAUUUCUGCCAUGCAGACAGCUGGUCUCAUUGAAAUGUACAGCGGGAAGCAGGCAGACAGUAUGUAGUUAUGGGAAUUUGUGGACUAUAGGGGUUUGGGUGAGUCUAACCUUCUCUGAAACUGCUGGUGAAUAAGUCCAAAAUGAGGACAUUUAUGCAGUGGGUUGGGAAGCAAAUCUAGUUUCCUGUGAGAUGUUUCAGCUGAGUUGGUUACUGCCUUCAUUUAUUCCUUUAUAAGGACCUGUCUUACAUUGGGGUCAUACUUUUUGGGUUCAGCUAGCUCCAUACUGGCUACUCUGUACUGACAGUGGUUAUCCCAGGUCUUGGAGGUGUUCCCCAGACUCUGAGUGGGAGGCAAUGAUGUAUGUAAGACUGCAGCUUCUGGCUCUGUGGCUGUGGUUGUAACAGCAGCUUGAUCUCUGUCCUUCUGUGAGUCCUUCAACUCUGCACAAUGAUUCCAGACACACAUCACUGUUGGACCUUGGAGCCUCUUCUCUCUGUCACUGUAUUGAGCCUGACCUUUACACAUUUCAUGCAUGAGCAUGAGCUGGCUCUGCUGUCCUCGGGGGACCAGUGAAUUCUGAAGUGUCUUACUCAGAAUGACGCUUAUGUAACAUCUUCAUGCUAAUGAGAGAGCUGCUUUAAUACUGUCUCGCCUGGAAACACGAUGAAGAGCAGAAUGCCGUGUGCGUUUAGACAGUGUCACCGAGGCACACACACAAGGAUGACUCAAGGUCGGAUGUGUCUGGAUGGAUUUUGUUUGUUCUGACUUUGAAGUAAGAUUCCAUGUUUGCCUCAUCCAUCUGGGUUCAAUGCUCAGGCAUGGAAUCUGGCAUUUUAAUUUUUGUUUUUAAAAAGCAAGUUUCUAGAUCUCAUGGAUGCUGCUAAAUGUUUGCUAGUGGAAACAAAACAAGGCUUAAAAGAGGACUUCUGAUGGUCAGAAAAAGAACACUCUCUUCCUUUUCCUGUAAUUAUUCCUCAGGGCUGGAAUUUAUAUUUGUCACCCAGGCUGUGAAAAAUGCGACACCAGCACCUUGGAAUUUGGGAUAUGUUGCUGUCAUCUGUUCUUGCUGCCCAUAAACCUCAUCACCAUGCUCUUGUUUUGAUCCAGUACAUGCAACCCCUUAUUAUCCACUGUCACUAUCCGUAUGGUUGAAUGCAUCAUACUUUCUACUUCCAAGAUAAGAUUAAAGGGUUUUAGCCUGUGCUAUUCCUACUCAGAGUAUACAUGGCUAACAUAGGCCCAAAGUGGAUCAGAUAUAAAUUUUGAAAAGAAGCAGAAACAUAGCAAUUGACAGAGGAGAGGAAAAUGGAGACAAGGAAGUAAGAGAAGAAUGUAAUCUUGGGUUUAGUUUCAGGAAGCAAUGAGGACUAAAGUGAGUGUGACCUUGGCUCUUGGCAUUACUGGAGUGUUUCUUAGCUUCCAUGCUUUAAUGCUGCUUGAUAAUCCACAUAGCAGUGGCAAUGCUCUUACCUUGUGCUAGAACAGUAUUGGGUAACGUGGUGGCCAUAUUGGCCUAAAACUUAACAAGCCCCACUCCAAAGAUACAAAAGCUCGUAGCAAUUUGCUACUGAAGAAGCCCUCCAGGAGAUGAAAGCAAGGCAAAGACGCAAUGUCAUCCUUUCUACUUUUGUCUCUGCUAGGCGACAGGUGGUACAGGCCUUUGUUCCUAGAGAAGGUUCACCUGCAAGUUCAGAAACUCCCACAAAUAGAUGAUUGUCUCGCUGGCCCUUGUGCUGUUGACUUUCCUCUGUCGUGGAUCAUGACUUCCCCAAAUACACGCUAGCCUAGGAAGGGUAAAGAAAACCCCAUUUUCCCUCCAGCAACCUUCUGCACCUCUUUAAAGGGGGGGGGCUGCCCUUGUUCUUGAGAGAGCCAUGGGUCUUAAAGGAGAAGAAGAGUUCAGCUGAAGCAAGUCAGGAAGGUUGUCUGCUUCGCAGGGCUGUCUGCAGCCAGCUGCUGGAUGAAUCGUUCUAAAUUGAGGUGGAACCGCGAUGUCUUUUGUUCCUUGCGUGCUUUUUAUAGCUCCACUACGCAAUGCAGUGUUACCCCAGAACUAUUCUAAUCCCUUGAAUCUCCUGUGCCUCUGCCAAGCCUUCUAAAUUGGGAAAGCACCUUUGCUAAAGAAUUAAAGGGGUGGAGGAGGAGAAAGAAGAACCGUUCGUUCUUUGCCAUGGCGGGUGGGGGGAAGGUCAGCUGCCUUGGAAUUGCUGAGGGCCCCAAGAGCAAGGCGCCCUUUUCCCUUUCUGCAUGACUCUGUGUGACAGCCUUCCCCAAACUAGUGCCCUCCAGAUGUUUUGAAGUACAACUCCCAUCAGCCCCAACCGGCAUGGCUGUUGCAGUUUGAAGCAUCCGGAGGGCACCAUGUUGGGGAAGGCUGAUGUGUGAAGAAAAAGGAGCAAUGAUAAAUAAUUACAGCCAGCAUGUUACAGGACGUAUUAACCUAGUCUGAGGGGAAAAUAAUAAUUGGACUCUUGCUAGAUACCAUACCUGGUUGAAAUUUGCAGAUUGCCAGUUGUCAUUUCAGGUGUUGCCGAGCAAGGAGCCUGUGUUUACUAUGGGUUGUUUUGCCCCCCUUUAAAAUUGAGCUGCAGUUCAUCCCUGCUCUCUUGACAAACAUCUCUGUCCGAUAUGAAUGUUCACACCUGAACGUCACAUUUACAUCUUAGGUGAACACUUAAAACAAGCAAAUAAGCAAGGAGCUUAAAAAAUAAAAAGUAAUGUGUGAGGAGGAUAUAAUGGCUAUUGGUUUUGAUGGCUAUAGGAAGCCACCAAUUCUGGAGGCAGUAUAUCUUUAAAUAAUGGGUGCUGGGGAGGAACCAUGGGGGAAAGCUGUGGCAUUCAGGCCCAGCAUGUGGGAUUCCUAGAGGCAUCUGCUGGACCUUUUGGCUAGAGGGCUGCUCUUUAUGUUCUGGAGAGUCCUGAGGAAUUGCUGGGUCCAGAACUUUGCUAUUGCCCUGGAGAGUCUCUGUCUCAGGUGAUAGGCCCUGACUGCAGAAGGGCAUCACGAGGCUUCUUCAGGAGUCUGGAAAUAUUACACCUUUGCAACACCCCCCUCCCUAAUUUUCUCUUCUCUCUUUGCCUCCCUUAGGUACAGAGCCCUGGUCUUUCUACUUCAUAAAUGGCUUUCUGAACUUCAACGUGGCCUUUGUGCUGGCACUCCUGGCCUUACCCCUAACCUCCCUCAUGGAAAGUCUGCUGCAGAAAUUUCACGGUGAGUGCUGCGGUGUGUUUUUGGAGCUCAGCUGGAAGCUACGGUAUGACUGUCAGGCGAUAGCUUGCUUGCAAGCGCAACUUCAUUUGGUGGAAUUGUCCAAAUCCUUCCUGACUGCAAGUGUUCAGAGCAGCCGCAGAAGGGCAGGGCAGUCAGGGAACCUCAGGCGGAAUUUCAUGUACAGAGAACCUGCUAUUACCCGCCACAAAAAAUUGAAGUAGGAUUCUAGCCCUUAUGAUGGACAGAAAAGCAUUAGAAGUUCUAGGUGGCUUUUGCUGGAAUCCUGGAAUUCCAAGCGGGACUUUCCAAUGGCUGGGGAGCAGGAACUUUGAUGCCUGCCUGCAACUCCUUGUAUCCUCUUCUCCGGCUAGUGCUGGUGGCUGUUAUUCACCUUGGAAGCUUUUUGUUAAAUUUAAAAGCAGAGUAUAAGUACUUAACAUGAAUAAAGUGUGCCUUGCACAUGCAGCCUCACUGCUUUCUGUUUUCUUCUCCCCCCUUUCUGAAAUUCUUGUUCUGUAUGUCAGUGGCUGUGUGCUAUCAAAGGGCACCAGUUCUCCAAUCAGGACUGCUUUUUUAAAAAAGCAUCAAGCCUGCCUCCGCAACCCCUGCCUGGUCCCCUACUGCCCUGAUGCCUCAGAAAUGUUUAUUUAUUUAUUUUAAAUUUCUUUGCUAGCUGCAGGCUUGCUUAUCCAGUAUUUAUAGAAGUUAAACAACUUGCAAAUGGCAGCAGCCCAGCUUUGCCACAGGGCAGACACGCAAGUUCUUUCUUUGCACAUUUUAGUUUUGAAAAACACCACGAGGAUAGAGGAACUCGAAACAUCCCCCAGCCUGGUCUUCCACAGGGGUGGGCUGGCUUCACUCUGCUGUGGCCCAAUGUAUUUACUUGUUACUAGCAUCCCUGGAGGUCACUGAUGUGAGUGAUUUUUUAAAUGUGGGAGCAUAUACUCCAGAUCUCUAAACGGUUAAGGCGUAACUUGUUCCUGCUAGGUGUUCCUGAGAAGGCUCACCUGCUUAACAGCACAAGGAGUGCUAUUCUGGAUCAGACCAAGCUUUGAAAAACUCCAGCAUUCUUUGUUUUGAAACAAACAAACAAACAAAAUCCCAGAAACCAGUGGGGCACUGGGGAGGGGAGUGUCUGCCAGAUACUGACUAGUGGUCCACUGGUGGGCCAUGCUUGUCUUUCUGUCUUGCCCAUCUCUGAAAUGAAGGCUUGUACUUCCAGGGAUGUCCACUAGAGUGCACUAAGCGCUCACGUUCUGCAGAGGGCGCCGCAUGCACUGUGGGAAACAUAAAGGCCUCUUGCCAGCCAAGCCCAGUAGUGGAGGCUGCUGUAACUACCCAUUUCAUGCCUUUCUGCUUAGCAGAUUGUGUCCCGAAGCGGCGGCAGGGGGGGUCCCUUCAGUUGCACGCCUUGUUCUCACGGGCUUUGUGAAGCGCUGUGCAAUCCUGAUUUGCUUUAACACCCCAAGCUUUUCCUUUGGGGGGCAAUUCAGGAUUUUGACAUAUAUUGAGCUGCCUCUGCAGCCCUUGCAAAUUGAAGUAAUUGCUGUUACUUCCAAAUAAAUGACUUCCUGCUUCAUUCGAGGGGAGACAAGGGAGUGCCUUGGUUUUGUUUUCCUUCAAGAGAGAGAAUGUGCGUUCAGAGUUCUCGGUGUACUCUGUUGCUGCUGUAACAAAGCAUUGGAGGUUUUAGAAGUGCCCACCCCUAAGCAAGCACAUUUUUCUUUCAACAUCUUAGGCUCCUUAGAAUUCCCCUUUGGAUGAACUUCUACAGCACCUAGCAGGUAGCUGGUAAAUCAAAGACUGUUCUCGUUUUUCCUAUCACUCUGCUUAUAAGCCUGGGGGAAAGUAUUUAUUUGUGAAAUUUGAGGUAUAGGCAUUAAUCAUUUACCUUUGCCCAAGAUCGGGUGGCUUUGAGAUGUAUUUAGUAGCUGUGUACCAAGCACUGUACCUAUGCAGCUCAGGGUUCACAUCGGAGCUCCAUAAAGCAAGCUCCAUAAAGCUGGGUCAUGCCUGAUGAUAAGGAUGCAAGAGGGGCAUUGCUGGAAGAGGCCAAGGGUUUCCUUAGCCCAGCUUUCCAUUUCUAGCAGCAGCCAGAUUGAUGCUCACAAACAGAGCAUGAAGGAGUGAUCCUCCCCUGCCAGUGGUGGUCUUUUGAGUUACAGGUCCUUCAUGUGUGACUGUGUAUACCUCUAAAGCACAUUCAUUAUUUCCCUAAAAGAAUUAUGGGCACCCUCCCAGAGUUACAAUUCCAACAGCCCUUAACAAAUUACAUUUCCCAGAAUUCUUUGAGGGAGAAAACAUUCAUCAAAUGUGCUUUAAAGGCAUAGUGUGUACGCAGCCUAUGAAGCCCGCAUCAGAUUUCCCCACCCAAAAGCCCAACAGAGACCUGAAAUAAACAGCAAAGCGCUGCAUUCCAAGAUAAGGGUGUGGUGGGGUCCUGAUCCAAAUGCCUUGCUUGUCCUUGAGCCUCUCCCAUCCUGGAGCUAACCCCCCCCUUUUUUUUUUGUUUCUUCCAGUUCAGAAUCUGGGACGGCCUUACUGGCUGACACUUUCUCCCAUGUACAUCUGGAUCCUGAUUUUCUUCAGCCAGCCUCACAAAGAAGAGAGGUUUCUGUAUCCCAUCUACCCCCUCAUUUGCCUAUGUGGUGCUGUAGGACUCUCUGCCCUUCAGGUGCGUUUGGGGGUGGCGAUGGCUGAGUGUGGGUGCAGGUGGAGAGGGCCCACACCUAAGCAAAGCUAUGUUCAUGCUAGGUGGUUCCCCCUUCACCGCAUUGCUCUGAGUUCCCAACUUGACGCAUGAGCUUUCCAUGUAUCCUCAAGAGUUGACAUGAAGCAAUAGUAAAAGAGAGAGAGGUUUGCAGGAAUCUGUGCUAUCCAGGAACACACAAGGAGCUUUUGUCUUCCUGUGGUUCCAGCUGCACAUAGGAGUCCUGGGCUGGUUGCUCACAAAGUUGGUCUGGGGUUGUGCCAAAAAAAGUAUAAAGGUGGGCAGCUGGCACCAAAGUAAGUCCACACUGUUGUCUCCCAGUGAUGCUCCAGUUGCUCCUUUGCUCCAGUUGGCUCCUUUGCCAACCCAGUACCCUCCAGAUGUUUUGAGCCACAACUCCUUCAGCCCCAGUGGCCAGGGAUGAUGGCAGCAUCUGGAAAGCGCCAGCUGCACCAUCCCAUUCCGCUUUGUAUUUACCGAACUUGUGCAGAAGUAUAAUUUUAUGGAAAGGCUGUUAGAGGUUUAUUUGCAGCAGCCACCCUCUUCCUCCACUGGGUUAUUGAAAUGAGCUCUAUUCUCCCCUCCUCUUGUUGUAGUCUAAAUGACAUUCAUAUUUUGCUUUUCUCUCUCCCCUUCCAUAGAAAUGUUACCACUUCAUAUUUCAACGUUACCGCCUGGAGCACUACACUGUCUCUUCAAACUGGCUGGCCCUGGGGACCAUCUUUGUCUUUGGGCUCCUGUCCUUGUCGCGCUCUGUAGCUUUGUUCAGAGGUUGGUUCUGGAGAGGCUGUCCUGCUGCUUAUUAGUCAGAGGUGGACAAACAAACAUCGUAAUGCAUUUCAGGGGUACCUUACUCCUCCCUUAUCCAGAAACCAUGGAGCAGGAGACACCUGACCAUCAGCAUGCCAUCUGCGGAGAAUGGCAUUCUUGGUAGCUGAAUCACAACUUUGGAAUUUCCAUUUGCCAAAGUCUGAGCCUAGCCAUCUUUUGGGAGUCUUUCAGGCCUUUUGGUCUGUGCUGGUGGUUAAUAUUGGUGGUAGUCACGAGAUUUUAACAACUCUUUUGAUUCUUUCUCUCCUGCCCCUUUUGCUUCUCUCCUGAUUUAAGGAUACUGUGUGCUACCCAGAGCCUUUGGGAUUUAAUGUAAAAUACUUCAGAUGUGUUCUGAAAUUGGGUAGCUAACCUAGGAUGCUUAGCAAAGCACAUGCAGGAGCCCCUUUUGAAGUUAAGAGGCCUUAUGAGAGCUGGUGUGGCAUAGUGGCUUAGAAACUGAGGAAGUCCCUGGUUUAGAUAUUGUCUCUGGCAUUUCAAGUAAGACUGGGAGAGUCUUGACUUCUGACUGAAUGUUGGAGAGCCGCUGCUGGUCUGAGCCUGUUGGACUCCGACUCCCAUCAGCCCCAGUCAUCAUUACCAAUGGUCAGAGAUGCUGGGUGGUGUAGUCCAAUAUUCCGGAAGUUUUCUAUCCCGAGUAGAUAAGAUGCUGAGCUAUAUGGGCCGGUGGCUUGGCUCCUUACAAGGCAGUUUCCAAAGUGUAAAUUUCUGGUUCUCUUUGGUGAGUGCAAGGGAAGGGCAUUUUCGCAGUUCAUCAUAGCUCAGGGAAGCUCAUGCUGACUUGAAGGGGUUCCUAAAAUUGUUUAGGCACAAAGGCACAGCCAACUCUUCUUCCUUUUUUUUUCACUUGCAGUGUCUCUUCCUCUUAGGUUACCAUGGGCCCCUUGACCUGUACCCAGAAUUCCACAGAAUCGCCACUGAUCCCACAAUCCACACUGUGCCAGAGGGGAGGCCGGUUCACGUUUGUGUGGGGAAGGAAUGGCACCGUUUCCCCAGCAGUUUCCUCUUGCCAGAUAAGUAAGUCAAGACACAAACAGGGUUUAUCCCAUAAGGAUGCAGGUGCUGUUCAUCACCAUAGAUAACCAAUUUGAGCAUAGACCAGGAGUAAAUACUUGGGUGGAGCGGUGUCCAUGCCAGCUGCUCAACAUUGUCAGCCUUCCAGGUCAUUUAUGCCCCAUCUUCCUCCAAAAGCACAUGAGGUGGCUUAUACAAAAUUAAUGCAGCACAAGAUAAAAGUAAAACCUAAAAACAAGAGAAAAUGCUGCUUAGAAACAAAAACUAACUAGCCAAACCAGCAGCAGUUAAAAACAAACAAGCAGCAGUUUCCCCUCUGAAUACCAGGUGCUGGGAAUCGCAGGAGGGGAGAAUGCUGCUGCUAUGCUCAUGUCUUGCUUGAGAGCUUCCCAUGGGGAUCUGGUUGGUCACUGGACUAGAUGGGCCUUUGUCCUAAUUCAUCAGAGCCCUUUUUACAUUCUCAGUUUUCAAAGUAGAUCACAAAGCAACAGAAGACUGAGGACUAUGGAACAAUGUCCUCCUCUGGCUCCCAGGUUUGCCAGCUUUUAAGUAAGGUUGCCUCUUAACCAAGAUUUGAAACCAGGAUCUGCUGCUGUUUUCCAUAGUUUGUGAGAGAACCUCAUUAGCAGCUGCAAUGGCCAAGUUCCCCCAGGCUCACUGAUGGUGAUGAGAACUGGGUUGCUUUUGGCCACUGCAGGAAUCAAAGGAAGGUGUUGAGGCCGGUGAGAUGGAGAGAGGACCUGGACAUUGUGACCUAAACACUGGGCAGUGUUGUGUUGUGUUGAGGUUGCAAUUUUGAUGUGUUUUUGGUUUAUUGCCAGGUUUAAUUUUUCAAAUGUCUCAUUUUAUUUUAUUUUUCUAAUAUAUUUAUUGCUCAAUUCUUUUUGUAAACUGCUUUGCGCAUGUUUGUUUGUUUUUUUACAAUCAAGCAGUAAAUAAAUUUAUGAAACAAGUAAUUUUGCAGGACUGCAGAAAAAAAAUGCAGAAUGUGGAAUUAGGAGCAGAAUUCAGUUUCCUAUAAAACCCACUUCAGGAUUAAAAAAAAAUGCACAAAGCAAGGUUUCUAGGCCUCAUGGCAAUACAAAGGAGACAGGAGCUUCUGUGAGCUCCUUGCUCCUCCCCUCAUCUGCAUCCAUUAUGCAAAUAAUUGCAGAAAAUGACUUUUCAAAAGAUGAGACAUGAUUCAGAUUUACUCAGGUAGUGCAGAUGGCCAAAUCCAGCUCCUACAGUAAUGUACUUUGGUUUGGCUGAAGACAGAAUUUUAAGUGGGAUUUUUUUGGCUGGGUGUGUUGUGUGUGCUACUGAUUAGCACAGCUUUGCGUUUAGCUUUUCAUGGUGACACUGAUGCUCACGUCAGGCUGCGCUUAUGCCUGCCCCUUCAGCUUCAAACCGAGGCAGCUUUGCCUGCACAGACGUUACUGUAGCUGUAAAUUCAAGGGUUUAAUAACCUAACGGUACCUAGACCAUAAUGCGCCAGAUGGAUAUCUCCCCCCCCGCCACACCUUUAAAAAAAGAGAGAAAGAGAAUGAGGCAUUAAAUCCCAACACCGUCACAAGGGAUUGAUGAUUAAGAGGAACAAAACUCGCCCAAGACUACGUCAAAACUGCUGCAGCGUUGCAAGAGCUGGGAUUAGUUCUGGCCUUGCCAGUGAUUAGGGCUCAGGCAGCAGCCGAGGGCUGUGUUCUUGGAGUCACUGGAGCAUGUGUUAAGGAGCAUCAAGGACAAAAAGGCUUUCUGGAUCUCCUGCCCCACUGAAGCACCUUCUGCCAGGGUUGCUCUGACCCUGUUGCAGCAGAUGGGCUCCGAAUGAUACCUGAGCUGCGAACUUUCUUGGCGCUUGUAGGCAAAAUGUGAAUUUAGCAAGGCUAUGUACCUACAGGAGCCUGUUUGUUUCCCCUUUUUCCUGACUCUGGCCUUUGUUCUCUUUGCACUCUCAGGAGUGUUGUAUGUUUCCCCCUCUCACUGCCCCCCUCACAAUGUCACAACUGCAGCAUUCCAUUUCCCCAUGGUCUGCAGCCCUCUGAUGAGGGAAGCCCCUAGAAUAUGUAACAUGAAGAGCAGUUAAUGAUAAUGGGACUGUGAACAUGCGCACACACACACACACACACCCCACUCCCAAAUCCUCAUUCACCCACGAAGGAAUCACAGGCACAUCCUCAUCCUGUGGCCUGCAGAUUACAGUGAGCUGCUCUGUAGCGGACAGCUGGCAACCCCAAGCUGUGUUCACAGCCUUUGCCUUGCUGGGUUAUUGCUGUGGCGUUUUGCUUGCAAGUUAAAAGCCCACAGGGUUUAAUAUCACCCCCUCCCUCUUACUCCCUGCAGUUGGCAGCUUCAGUUCAUUCCAUCAGAGUUCAGGGGCCAGUUGCCAAAACCAUUUGCCAAGGGACCAAUGGCCACUCGCAUCAUUCCAACAGACAUGAACGACCAAAACCAGGAAGAGCCCUCCAGAUACGUAAGUGGCAUCUUCUCUCUCUCUCUCUCUCUCUGUCUGUCUCUCUCUGGUACCUUGGAAAGGACACGCUUGCUGUGCCCAAUGGGAAACAGCACUCUUGAUUUCUUUCAGGACAGAACUUCUCUUUAGCAUGUGGGGGGUUCCUGUGUACCUGUUUAAACAUAAGCAGCCAUAGCUGGGGGACACCACUGCAUUGGACAAAGCUGUUUCCGUGAUAAGUGCCUGGACACUCAAGUAUUUUAAAAAAAACAAAACGUAACUUCUGUCACCAAGUUGUCACAGGAUGCAAGCAGAAUAGAUACACCCAGGUCCUAAAAACGUAAACUCUUAUGCACAGUACAACCUGUGGCCCAAAUGUGCAUAUGUGAGACAGCUGUAACGCAGAAAAGCAUCCCAAUUGUUGUUCUUGUACUGAUGAGGCAGGCAAGGAGAUGUUGUCCCUGCAAAGAGCAGGAGUCCUGAUGCUGUGUGAGCUGCAUCCCUGUAGGAGAUGGGAACCAACCCAAAAUGUCCUCUCUCCCUUCCAGUUUGACAUUUCCAAAUGCCAUUACCUGGUGGAUUUAGACACUGUAACUGAAGCACCCAGGGAGCCACGGUAUGCAGCUAACAGGGAAGAAUGGAUCAGUAUUGCUUACAAGCCUUUCCUGGAUAGUUCAAGGUAAGAUGCUGAAAAGCACAAGGGGGAAAGGAGGGCUAUAGGGGGCGUAUUCUGCCUAUUUAGGGAUCUUCAAAACUCAAUUAGGGAACUUGCAUCUUUUGGGGAGGGAGGGAUGGAAAAGUCGUUACCUGAAAAAGGGAGCAGUAGCCAUGUGUGUGUGUGCGUGCGCACUCUUAACCUGCACAGGCAAACUGCACCUGCUCUGUCUGCUCCUUAUGACGGUGAUGUUUGGAAUGGCAACAGCCUGCACUGCUGGUGGAUUUUCAAUAAAGUUUCCUUUUGGGAUGACUUGGUCCAGGGUUUGAGUCAUGCUAGAGGUUGAGAAGGAAGGAAUUCCCCCCCAGCAGGGAGGACUGUUGUCAGCCAGCAGCACUCUUCUUCCUUCCUUCCCCCCUUUCCCUUGCAAGUGAGUUGUUGACUGCUAAAAAGAUUACUGAGGUGUGAAGUUAAUCACAUCCCCUCACUUCUAAAUUUGCAUUUCCCCUGUGUCAUCCUCUUCCUCCUCUCAGCAACUGUUCUGGCUGAAGUUUUGCUCCCAAGUCUACUGGUCCCAGGGGUGCUCACCUUUCAGGAAAGAUCUGCCAGCCUCAUGAGACAACUGAGGGUGGGAUUUCGGGUCCCAUGCAAUCCACUUCCUCUUCCCCUUCCAGCCUCACGUUGACGGCUGCGACAUGUCUGGCUCCUCCGAAGUGUUCACCAGCUGUCUGGCUUCCCCAGCACUCCCCACGCUUUUCUCUUUAUAUAUUUUAAAAGAUAAGAGCGUGAUCGAGAAUUGUUAUUUUAAAAAAAUAAAUAAAAAGCUUGAUGAGUGGGUGGAUGGGAAGCCAGCUCUGCGAGAAUUUCCCCAAGGAAGGUGGCAGUGGGAGAUGUGUUAAUAGGUUACCAGCUUGCUGGAGUAUCUCAAUAGGCAGCUGGGGGGGGUGGCAGGAGGAGGUGCAGCUGACUGUGCUGGCGACCCAGAGAGGCAGCAUCUGAAGCAGCUGCUUCCAUCCUUGGCCACUUCUGCCGAUACUGAAUCUGAAGAAAUUACAUUGUGUUAAAUAUUCCAUAGCUUGUGCAGCCUGGCAAUAAUUCUGUGUGCGAUGAAGUGGUAUUUUUCACUGUGGUUUGGCUUAUGCACUCACAAAACAUAUAGAAAUGCAUUGACAGUGAGACAAAUAUCUCCAGUGCUUUAGUUUCUGAAAAGGAAGACAUCUGACCUUCAGUCUGCCCUUCCUCACCUUGGGGAAAUCCUUCCCUCAAAUGUCAGAUGUGUUUGUUCUGCAGUACGUGUUCUGCACACGCUCAGAGGAAGUGUCACUUUCAUUAUUUUAUAUGUUCCAAAGGAAAAUGGGGGCUUAAAAACUGAAAAGUUACUGGGGCUCAGUCCUGGCAUAUGUUUAAUCCCUAAAUAUUCUAAGCAGCAAGCAUGAAUUGAAGCCCUGAGCCCUUUCCAUGCCUUCCUUUUUAUGGGAACCUGGUGGAAGACCCUCCGUUGACUUGCCUGUAGCAGUGACAGCUGGUUACUGCUUGCUCCUGGUUCAGAGGGAGGAAGAGCGAGAGCCGGGGGCAUGCUGGAUUUUGGCAGCCUCUAGAUCUGGCAGCUGCUCCGUCGAUCCAAACAUAGCGGUUCCAAAAAGAGAGAGUGGCGGGUGUAUGCAGGGGAAUGGAUCUGUUAAUAGCUAUUGGCUGUUUUCAGAGACUGGAAUUUGACCGAGGAGAUGGAGGGAGAGGGGAGGUCACGUGGCUGCUUGCAAACGGACUCGAACCUCUGGCUGGCUGCCCCUCUCUCAGCCCGGCUGACCUCCACUGCAGUGCAGCCAGCUGCCUAACUCCUGAACCCUCAGGGAGAAUGCGGACUAACAACUUUCUGUUUCUCUGUCCCCCUUUGUGGUCUCCAGGCACUGUGUAAAUCAAAAACCACCAGACUGACCAUGACCACUGCUCAGUGUUCUCAGGCAAUUUCUACAUGGGUGGGCCUUGAGUUUAGCUGCUCCUGCUGCAUUCUGUACCUGAGAGUGCCACAAUUCUGCGCUUGAAACUAUUUGUGUAAAUGUAGUAAUAUAGCAGGGCUGUAGCUGAGAAACGGGAUUUCAAGUAACAUUUUGGGCUUGGAGGCUGGGGUAGGAGGGACCAGGGCACAAACACAGGAGAGCCAGUGGGGGCUGCUGCACUGGGCUGCCACUCUGCGCUUGCUGCCUGACGAGUGCGUUUUAUCUUUCUCACAACUACUGUUCCUCUUCUCUGGGAAACUGAAUGACCCUGGCUGCUCGAUUCAUGCUUGCUGAACCAGAGGCUUCUGGGACACAAAGAGUCCCCCAUUGACGUCAGCCAGUGCCGUGGUAACUCUCAGUUGGCUUUGAUAAAUGGUGCUGCUAAUUGAAUUAGAGAGCACUCAGAGCCAUCGACUAAUUAUGCUACUCAGGCAGCAGCUUUGUCUGGGUCCAUUUAAUUCUGCAUUGGCUGAGCGCUUCAGUUCUGGGGGAGGAAAGGGCAGGAUGGAUUAGGGAUCCCAGCUGAGGCAGCAAAGGCAUGUGCCAGCACUUUUAAACCAAGGAGACCCUCCCCAUUCCCCACCAGCUGCCUUAGCACUUCCCCACCCCCUCAAGCAUACAAUAAGCGACCAGGGGCUUUAAGCAGGCCAGCCCUCCCUGUCAAAUUCUUUUUUGUUCCCCUUUCCCUAUAAGUGAUGUUCAACUGCCCUUAAUGUUCCAAUUCCCCCCUGCAUAUCUAGGGAGUCUUAGAAACCCUCACUCUCUCUGUGGCUAGGCCUGUUUUGGUGCCUUCCCACCACCAAGUGUGCUAUUAAUAGCUAGCAAUGUGUGUGUGUCAUACAUUUUAUUUUCAAAAGCUUCCUUGGUUUUCCAGGUCCUCAAAGUUCUUUCGGGCCUUCUACAUCCCCUUCCUGUCCCACCAGCACACAACGUACAUGAACUAUACCAUCCUGAAGCCUCGGCGCUUCAAGCAAGCCAGGAAGAAAGCUGGAGGCUAG